CCUUGUUAUCAGAAGGACGCCUGAUCAUCAUCGAGAACAAAACUUGGCGCGACUGUUCUCAUUCUCUCUCCAAUUUUGUGGAAGCUAGGACCCUGGAAGAACUUCCGGGUGGGUGUCAAUCAAUCGGCAAUCACGGAACUGAGAAGAUACAUCUCGUGAUUUCGGCCUCCCGAAUUAAACGACAAUGUCUCAGCCCACACAAACUAAUAGCGAUGAUUCGGUGCAGUGUAGCGCAUCUGAAUGUUGGGGUGCCCUGCAGAAGUUGCGAUCUCAUUGCCCGUUAAUUCAAUGCAUCACAAACUAUGUGUCCAUGGACAUCAUGGCCAACACUCUUCUGGCGAUCGGAGCGUCACCUGCUAUGGCACACGGUGAGUUGAAUGGAUUUGCAUUUGUAAUCAUUUUUAUCAUAAAACUGAUAUUAAAAUUCAAUUUGUCAGCUGAGGAAGAAGUUGAAGAGUUUGUAGCCUUGGCCUCAGCUGUUUUGAUCAACAUUGGAACUCUGUCUGCUCCAUGGAUUAAGUCCAUGCACAAAGCUGCUUCAAAGGCUCAGGAAUUGGGAAAAGUCUGGGUCCUGGAUCCUGUUGGCGCUGGUGCCACUGAGAUACGAACAAAGCUAGCAACAGAUUUGGUUCUUUCUCACAAACCAACAGUGAUAAGGGGUAAUCCCUCUGAAAUCAUGGCUCUUGCCGAAGGAAUUUGUAAAGAAGUGAAUCUUCAAAGAUCAGGUAAUGUUCAUAACACAGUGUGAUUUAUAUCAUUUUGAAAUUUAUGAAAAUCUUUGGCCAACACUGACUCCUCACAGCUCCACCCAUCCCCCCCCCCCCCACCCUCUUCCUCCCUCUCCCUCCCUCUCCCUCAACUGGAAAAAAGUGGCCCUGUAAAGUUUUGAAACUUAAGGCAGAAAUUCUUUUGGGAUUUCAGAUAUGGUGGGUUCAACAGCUUCAAGAAGUUUUAAUUGAAAGUACAUUUUUCACUUUUCCACAGAUGGAGCUCAAAAAGGAGUUGAUAGUUCUGAGAGUUCUGAUAAUGCUCUUGCUCCAGCCAAAGCCCUGGCCACAGAAUGUGGUUGUGUCGUUGUGGUUACAGGAGAACAUGACUAUGUUACUGAUGGUUUAAGAGUGAUUGUUGUAUCAAAUGGUGAUGCAAUUCUCAAAGUUAUCACUGCAGCUGGGUGUGCACUAACUGCGACAUUGGCAGCAUUUGUUUCUUUAGUGGACCCAAAUGAUAUAACACAAGUUAUGAAGAGUAGUGCUUUUGCACUAAGUGUUUUUGGAAUUGCCGCAGAAUUAGCUGUAAAACAACCUACAGUUAAGGGCCCUGGUAGUGCCAGAAUGCAUAUGUUAGAUGCAUAUGGUAGCAUAAACAUGGAGACAUUACAAGAAAUGGCUAAAUUUUCUUAA